GGAGGCUGUGGGCCGCCGGCAUCUUAAGCUCUCUGGUCGGUGCCCGAGGCCCUUAGGGUCGCGACUGACACAACCUGGCCCCCACCAUGGCUUGGGUCCCGACCGCGCCACAACCUCCGGAGAGUCGUGGGUCGUCGGAGCCUGUUUAGUGCCGAGACUCGGGCUGCAGGCAGCUCCGCGGCGACGAAGUAGAAUCUCUGGAAUGGACAGACUCCUCCCAAGCAACUUAGCUCAUUUGCAGCAGCUGGACAAUGUUCCUCACUGAUAUCUAUCUGUCAGCGUAAUCAUCACAUCAUUUCACUCUGGUGGCAGGGACUCAGCUCUGAAAUCUAUAUAGAAAAAGUACCUGGAUCCAGUCUUUCAAUGGCUUCAAGACAAUCAGAAGUGCCUGCUCUUGAGCCUAGUGGGCCUCUAGGCAAGAUGUCCCUGCCCAUCGGGAUGUACCGCCGGGCAUUCAGCUAUGAUGAUGCCCUGGAGGACCCUACGCCCAUGACUCCUCCUCCAUCGGACAUGGGCAGCAUCCCCUGGAAGCCAGUGAUUCCAGAGCGCAAGUAUCAGCACCUCUCCAAGGUGGAGGAAGGAGAGGCCAGUGUUUCCUCCCCUGCCAUGACCCUGUCAUCAGCCAUUGACAGUAUGGACAAGGUCCCCGUGGUGAAGGCUAAAGCCACCCGUGUCAUCAUGAGUUCUCUGAUCACAAAGCAGACGCAGGAGAGCAUUCAGCGUUUUGAGCAACAGGCAGGGCUGAGAGAUGCUGGCUACACACCUCACAAGGGCCUCACCACCGAGGAGACCAAGUACCUUCGAGUGGCAGAAGCGCUCCACAAAUUAAAACUACAGAGCGGAGAGAUAACGAGGGAGGAGAAGCAGCCGGCCUCUGCCCAGUCCACCCCCAGCAGCACCCCCCACUCUUCCCCUAAGCAGAAGCCUCGAGGCUGGUUCUCUUCUGGCUCUUCCACAGCCUUGCCUGGCCCAAAUCUUAGCACCAUGGAUUCUGGAAGCGGAGAUAAAGAUAGAAAUGCAGCAGAUAAAUGGAGCCUCUUUGGACCAAGAUCCCUCCAGAAGUCUGAUUCAGGAGGCUUUGCCACCCAACCCUACAGAGGAGCCCAGAAGCCUUCCCCAAUGGAACUGAUCCGCAUGCAGGCCACCCGGAUGGCAGAAGAUCCCGCAACCUUCAAGCCGCCCAACAUGGACAUCCCAGUGAUGGAAGGGAAGAAACAACUGCCACGGACCCAUAAUCUCAAACCCCGUGACUUGAAUGUGCUCACACCCACCGGCUUCUAGGCCUUUCUCUUCCAAUGACUCUGGAUAAGAGGGUGUCUUGCACCCACUUCCCAAUUACCCUGGCUCUGACAUAGGAAAGGUUUGGGGUUUUUGUUUUUUUUAAACCUCUUAAACUGAGGCUAGAACUAGAGACAUAAUUGGUUUUUGAGAAAUAUUAGUGCAAAGCUUGUCCUUGUGUGGAAGAAGCCAUUGUGUAUUGCUUUAAUUUAAAGUUAGACUAAAUAAUCUCAGCAGUGAUAUAUGGGGGCCUCAUCACCUGUUUUUACAUCUUUAGCCUAGACAGGAACUCGAUCAUUGCUUGCGAGGUAGGUAACGUUUGUGUUGUUCCCAAACCAAGGCUUCGUGAUUCCUUUACCACGGUCAGCGUGAGAUGGACAAGUUGUGGCCUAGAGGUGCUCACUGACUGGUCUCUGGCCCUCCUGACUGCUGGUGCUGUGUGUGCUCCAGCCUUGUCAGUGAGGGGACCGGCGCUCUGAGAUCUGGGCUCGAAGAAAAGCCAGACUGGCAGGGCCCCUCUUCCUGCGUGGAGACCGGAGCCCUCACUGUGGCUCUCAGGCAGAGCCAGUUCUUACUGCGGUGCCUCGGGCAUUCUGCUGGGCAGUGUCUCAUGUCAACACACACAAGUCUCUCCUCCCCUUUGCUGCACUGUAAAGUGAGAUUAAGUUAAUUCUAUUCUAAUUCGGUAGAAAAGUUUCUAAGGGAGAAAAUUCAGCCUACUGCUUUGGUAUAGAUAAACGGAUGUUAAGCUUUUUAAAAAUAAAGAUGGUGGCAACUAUCUGUAGAUUCUAGUCCAGACAUUCAUGGGAAACAGGUGUCACCAGGGCCUGAAACUUUUUCUAAGAGCCACGUGGAAGGAUGAACAAUUUUCUAUAUGCAAUCAUUUCCCCCCAAAUGAGCCUCAUACCUGCACACACACAGCUUACCGAGGAAAGGAACCGGGGAAAGCACCUGUCCCUUUCUCACUGUAGAUGUGUCGGGUCAUUGUCCUGAACACUGUCUCAAAUCCCUGCUGUCCUUGCUUUGGAAGGAUCGUCUGCAUAGCAAGCUGGUCUGACCUUUCCAUAGAGAGGCCCUAGAGUCUCAAGUGAUGAGAACAAUUAAUUUAUUUGUGUCUUGUUAAUGCUCGUAUCUCUUACUUGUUUUGACAAUAAAAAUCCCUACUACUUUCUCAAA